GACACCACACACUCUCUUUACGAGACAACAUGGCGGCGACUAACGGUGUAGUGAGCCGGAAGGCGCCCGCCGCGAAGCCGAUCAAGAACGAACAUGUACUCUCGCUUGACACCAUCUUCGACGACCUCGAAAACGAGACUGCGCCGAAGCUCGUCCCGGAAGUCAAGGAAAAGCUGCCCAAGAUCAAGAAUGGAGGCGCAUGGACGACCGAGGUCAAUACAGGCAGCAAGCCCAAGGACACCGCGCGCCCAAAGUGUAUUAGCAAGAUCCCGAUGACAAUCGCGCGAGCCUUCCCUAACCGUGCGCCCAUGAAGGAUAGACCGGAACAAAUGCGAUGCACUCAUUGCAAACGCCCCGUCGCAAAGCACGUUAUGACCAGGCACGUCGAGAGCUGUCUGAACAAGAAGCAGGAGAAACAGCGCAAGAAGAAGGAAGCCAAGGACGCCAGAGACGCUGCCGCGCGGAAGGAGCGAGCAGGUAGCAGCGAUGAAGAGGAAGAUGGCUCCAAGAAGACUGCCACCAAGACGGGCGGUAUGACAGCAAGCAAGAAGCGCAAGGCUGCCGACGAGGGCGACGAUGGUGCGCCGAAAAAGAAGAAGAAGAAAGACGACCUCAAAGCCAAGGCGCCUCGGCCCAAAGCUCCGGUGGAUGUCGAAAAGCAGUGCGGCGUUGAGCUACCACAAGGCGGCCAGUGUGCUCGUAGUCUGACAUGCAAAAGCCACAGUAUGGGAGCGAAGCGUGCAGUGCCAGGCCGAAGCGCGCCCUAUGACAAGUUGCUCAUGGAGUACCAGCGCAAAAACGCUGCCAAGCAGCAGAAAGCCCAGUUCGAUGCAAAUGCGCCCAAUCCGGACGACUAUGACCUGCCAUCAGGACCUGUGGACAGCGACGAGGAGAGAGAUGCAGUCAUGUCUAGCAUCAACACCAACUGGGGCGGCCAGCCACUCUACCAACCUGUGCACGUUCCAUUGCGACAGAAAUACGAUUAUAACAGGAUGAAGGGCAUGUUGUCAUCUGCUUUUGCUGGCAAUCGAUCAGGCAUGUUUGGCAGUGCCCCAACGACGGGCGGUUUCUUCAGCUCUGCACCAAUCGGUCCCACGAUUGAUGCAGAUGGCAUGAUUCGUGCUCGAAAGGGGAGUGUGAUUCCAGGGGCGCGCAGCAUGAUUGCACCGGCUGUCAAUCGAAAGAUGAGCACUGCUACUGGAUCUUGAGAGUCGUCCGAUCCGUAAGGCGCCCAGCCCACUUUUCAUGGCGGCAGCCCUCUCACGCGCGUUUCCAGCAUACAUACCUCUUGUGUCUCUGCUCCAAAGAAUGAAGCUAUCAGAGCUCUUGCGCCCAAAUCAACAGCGAUGGGCCGAUCUGGCAGGAAGGAGGAGUUCUACACACUCAGAUUGGCGUCCCGGUUUUUUUGAUUUUAUGAUACCCAUGGAUCAUGAGUUUUUGGGCUUCUUACAUACAUGUCCCUACUCAAAUAGUCCCACCAUAGUUCCACGAUGAAGCCUCGCUUCGCAAGCACGCAAAUGCAUUUGAAUC